GCACUCAUCGUGCAGUUUCAGUGCGGCAUUCGGCGCAGGCGAACAGCACAUAACGAUAUCGAGACCCCAUAGCCACAGGCUACAGGCCACACACCACAGAGCACUGAGCACCGAGCACUGAGCACAGGCCGAGAUUGCGAUGGCGGGCCCACUCUUGUGGCAAAACUUCAAGGUGCUCGUCACCCGGUACCCGAUAAUGCGCGGCAUGAUAUCGUACAGCCUGAUCUGGCCCACGGGCAGCCUCAUCCAGCAAACAGUUGAGGGAAGGCGCUGGGGUGAGUCGGCAAACUUUCGAGCAGCUAGCUCUUCUGCUCAUCUUCAUUUUCAUCCUACAGGCACCUACGACUGGUGGCGCGUGUUCCGGUUCAGCAUGUACGGUGGCCUGUUCGUUGCUCCUACACUAUACGGAUGGGUCAAGGUUAGUGACCGCUUACCGCUUGCAUGCCCGUUUCGAUCCAAUCCCAAUGCUCUGCAGAUUUCCAGCGCCAUGUGGCCGCAGACAUCGUUGAGGACGGGGGUCAUCAAGGCGGCGGUGGAGACGAUCUCGUACACCCCCGGCGCGAUGACCUGCUUCUACUUUAUCAUGAGCCUCCUGGAGUCCAAGACGGUGGAGGAGGCGGUCGCCGAGGUCGGCAAGAAGUUCCUGCCCACGUACAAGGUGGCUCUAUCCGUGUGGCCACUGGUGGCCACCAUCAACUUUACUCUGAUCCCCGAGCGCAACCGGGUGCCUUUCAUCAGCGCGUGCAGCCUGUGCUGGACCUGCUUCCUGGCCUACAUGAAGCACCUGGAGCACCACGAGGUGGACGGGGCCAUUUGAUGGCCAUGGCCGAAUUUCUUAAACAGCAUUAAAUGAAAUAGUAGAUAGUAAACGAAUUGAAAUAAAUUAAAAUCUAAGAACGGUA